AUGGCCGUACUACACGAGCCUUACAUUUCAGACGAGGAAUUCGACGUGGUUGAAGCCGCCCAGCCUGUGAGCGACCUCUCGUCUCCGGCCGAGGAGCCCGGUUCGCAGCAGGACCUGGCCGGCCGCCGACAUGUCGAUUCCCUAGACCGCCGACAGUCGGGCGUACCGGCGCCUUCGAGGCCCUACUACGAUCAGACCGUCGACGCGGCCGCGCAGAGACUCGCGCAUAGUUCCCUCGAGGAUUCAUACGUGUCGACCGCUUCGUGGAAUGCCGGCGACGGCGUAGGCGAGGGCUCCGCGGGGGAUGGGAUACCCGGGUUGAGCUACACGAAAUCGGUGGUGCAGAAGUUCUGGACCGGUAGGGACCUGUUGAUCGCUGUCAUGGGCAUGACGGGGUCUGGGAAGACGACCUUCAUCUCGAAAGUGACGGGACGGACUGACCUGGAGAUCGGUCAUAGCCUCACCUCAUGUACCCGAGACAUCCAGGUCGUCGAGACCAAGAUCGAGGGACGCACGGUGCGCUUUGUCGAUACGCCAGGCUUUUCCGACACCAAUCUGUCCGACAGCGAGGUUCUCCAGUUGAUCGCAGACUACCUGGCCGCAGCCUAUAGACAAGACAUGAAGCUGUCGGGUAUCAUAUACAUGCACCCCAUCUCGGAUACCCGGGUGACACACCACGCGACCAAGAACCUCCAGAUGUUCCAGAAGCUCACGGGCGAGAAGAACCUGAAGAACGUGGUUUUGGCGACGAGCAUGUGGGACAAGGUUACACAGGAGCAAGGUCUGGCACGCGAGCGCGAGCUGAAGGACAAGUUCUGGAAGGUCAUGCUGGCAUACCAGGCCAAGGCCGUCAGAUACGGUGGCACGCUCGAGUCGGCGCUACAUAUUGCGCAUAUCCUCAUGAACAACAAGCCCUUCUACCUCCAGCUGCAGGAGGAGAUGGGCAAGGACAACAAGGCUCUCAGGGACACGACGGCGGGGCGAGAGGUCAUGAUUGAACUGCUUAGGAUGAAGGAGGAGCACCAGAGGGAGCUGGCUGACAUGGAGACGAUGAUGAAGAGCUCGGCCGAGGAGAACAGGUCCGUGGUCGAGGCGCUGAAGGAGCACUACCAGGGGCGGCUGGGGGACCUGGAGAAGACGCUGCGCGACGAGAGACGGAUGAACGAGGCGGCGGUGCAGUCGCUGACUGAGCGUAUCAUGGCUCUCGAGAACAGAGGCGUGUGCGCUGUCAUGUAG